GCCAUCGAGUUCAAAGGCAGGCAAUCUACAGCGCUCGAUCUUGUGUUUCUCUGCGAGAAGCCAACGCAGCUCUGGCACGCAGGCAGAAGGAUGAAGAAGGGUGGCGGGAAAACCAGCGGGUGCUUCUUCUGCCUCGGCGCGCCGAUGCGCGCGCUGUCCAGAGCGUGCGACCUCUACGUGAGCUGCAUGUCCGGAUGCGCGCGCCGCAUGCCAGCGGGGGCGGUCGUGGGUGGCCGCGGCCCCGGCGGCUUCGGCGGGCCGGCCACGACCAUGCACCUGCGGGCGAGCUCGGACCGCGCCGAUGAUCUUGUCCGCGCAGCGUCGAAACAGCGCCGCGUCGCGCCCGAGCCGGCGGACAUCGGGGCAGCGGAGAAGAAGGUCCACGUUAGCCUGGCGCCUGCGGCCGUCCCGGCGCGGAGGAAGCGCCCGGCGACGAUGGUGACCAUCGCUGAGGACGGGCCGUGCGAGUUCCGCGCCUGCCCGCUGAAACGGCCAGAGCAGAGGACUCGCGGCGCGGCGGUGGGCGGACUGGCCGCGCGCGGCGGUGGUUUUGGUGCCAUCAAGGUGGGGAGCGAAGCCUUCGAGAGCCGAGCGUGACGCGUGCGUGAUAAUACUCCACCAGUUUUUUCAUUGAUUUCUUCUUGUUGUCUAAACAGUUCGAUAACGAUCGCAAAUCAGCAAAUGGACCUGUCCGCGAUGGCGCGACGGUUUGGAAAUUAGAAAUGACCUUAUUUGAACAUGUUUUUCUCUAUCUCUAUCUAUACUAUUUUUUUUAGGUAUCUUUAUCCACAAUCGAUCAACUUAAUUUAC